CUUGCGCCUGACUGCUCGCCCACCUGGGGAGGUUCGGGGCCUGGGCACUGGUCUCCCGGGCGUCAGCUGCCGAAGUCCUUCGGCCUUACCCUCCCAGGACAGUGCUGUUUUCCAAGAGAGAAGCCAGGAAAACGUGAAAAUGACAGUUGAACUAGUGAAAGCCAUACCCCAGGACCUGCUGACAUUCAAGGAUGUGGCAGUGGACUUCUCCCAGGAGGAAUGGGAAUGGCUGAGCCCUGCUCAGAGAGGUUUAUACAGGAGUAUGAUGUUGGAGAACUAUCAGAGCCUGGUGUCACUGGGACUUUGUAUCUCUAAGCCAUAUGUCAUCUCCUUAUUGGAGCAAGGGAAGGAGCCCUGGAUGAUGAUGGAGAAUGAGAUGAGAAGCCCAUUCCCAGAUUGGGAAUCUAUACAUGAGACACAAGAACUACCUCUGAAGCAGUUUGUGUGUGAUGAUAUGUUAAUGGAGAGAACUGCAAGUUAUGAACUUGAGUGUCCUACUUUUGGAGAAAAUUGGAAAUGUGAAGAUCUUUUUGAGAGGCAGUUGUUAAGCCAAGAGACAUUUAUCAGGCAAGAAAGAAGCACUCCUAAAGAAACCCUCCCUGUGGAAACAGACCACAGAUAUAACAAACCUGAGAAAUUUGUUCCUCUACACAGUAUAGAAGAGAAUAUUUAUAAUAAUCACAAGUCAGAUAAAAAAAACUUUUCCAAAAAUUCCAUGGUAUUAAAACACAAGAAAGUCUUUGCAGGAAAGAAACCUUUUAAAUGUAACGAAUGUGAGAAAACCUUCACCCAGAGCUCAUCUCUUACUGUUCAUCAGAGAAUUCAUACUGGAGAGAAACCAUAUGAGUGUAAGGACUGUGGGAAGGCCUUCAACCAGAGUCAGCACCUUGUCCAGCACCACAGAAUACACACCGGAGAGAAACUCUUUGAAUGUAAGGAAUGUAGGAAAGCCUUCAGCCAAAAUGUACAUCUUAUUCAACAUCAAAGAAUUCACACUGGAGAAAAACCAUAUAAAUGUAAGGAGUGUAGAAAAGCCUUCAGCCAGCCUGCACACCUUGCUCAGCAUCAGCGGAUUCAUACCGGGGAGAAGCCUUAUAAAUGUAAGGACUGUGGCAAGGCCUUCAGUGACGGCUCGUCCUUUGCCCGACAUCAGAGGUGUCACACCGGCAAGAGACCAUAUGAAUGUAUUGAAUGUGGGAAAGCUUUCAGGCAGAACACGUCGCUUAUCCGUCACUGGAGAUAUUAUCACACUGGGGAGAAACCCUUUGACUGCAUCGACUGUGGGAAGGCCUUCAGCGAUCACAUAGGACUUAUUCAGCACAGGAGAAUUCAUACUGGAGAGAAACCCUACAAAUGUAAUGUGUGUGGGAAAACCUUCAGCUACGGCUCAUCCCUGACCGUCCAUCAGAGAAUUCACACAGGAGAGAAACCAUAUGAAUGUGACAUCUGUGGGAAAGCCUUUAGCCAUCAUGCCUCACUCACCCAGCACCAAAGAGUGCAUUCUGGAGAGAAGCCUUACCAAUGCAGGGAAUGUGGAAAAGCCUUCAGGCAGAGCAUACACCUUGCUAGCCAUCUGAGGAUCCAUACUGGAGAAAAACCCUAUGAAUGUAAGGAAUGUGGAAAAGCUUUUAGCAUCAGUUCACAGCUGGCUACUCAUCAGAGAAUUCAUACUGGAGAGAAACCUUAUGAAUGUAAGGAAUGCGGGAAAGCCUUCAACCAGAGGGCACACCUCGCGCAGCACCAUAAAAUUCAUACUGGAGAAACCUUAUGAUUGUACUGAAUGUGGUAAAGCCUUCAGCCAGGCUACCCGCCUUAUCCAACAUCAGAGAGUUCACACGGGAGAGAAACCCUACAAGUGUACUGAAUGUGGG